CUCGGUUCAGCCAGAUAAGGCCGGGAUACAUACCGCUAUCUACCUGGGCUACCAGCCAUGGCUUCAAGCGAACUCUGCGCGGGUGCAACGCCAUUGUCUACAAAAGAGAGGGAUAAUAGUAGACCAACUGCUAAAGGUGCCUGAUACCACAUGUUAUGCUGCCCUAAUGCGGAGAAGCAACUCCACCAUCACCAAGCAAGCACACAAAGCUCUAGUGGUGAAAACUGUAGGGAAGAAAGAGGAAGAAGAAAGUAAAACACAAAAAAGAAGGCGAAAUAACAAGACAACAUUAACAACAAAUAAAGGCACAAGACAGCAAGAAGAAAAAGGGCAAAGAAAAAGCAACUAGAGGUGAUAAAAGGACAACACAAGCAAAGGACUUUGGCAGAGUUUUCCUUUUUUUCCUUCUCCUUUUUUAAUUUUGCUUUGCGGAGGGAAAUGGGACAGCAGUUCACCAAUGCAGAAGGAGAGCAAGCUGAGAUUGAUGUUGCUGAAUUGCAGGAAUGGUACAAGAAGUUUGUGGUUGAAUGUCCCAGUGGGACUCUCUUCAUGCAUGAAUUCAAGCGGUUCUUCGGGGUCCAGGAUAACCGUGAAGCAGCAGAGUAUAUUGAAAACAUGUUCAGAGCGUUUGAUAAGAAUGGGGAUAAUACCAUUGAUUUUCUGGAAUAUGUGGCUGCCUUGAAUCUUGUUUUACGAGGAAAACUGGAACACAAGCUGAGGUGGACAUUCAAAGUAUAUGACAAGGAUGGGAAUGGCUGCAUAGAUAAACCUGAGCUGCUGGAAAUUGUUGAGUCUAUCUACAAGCUGAAGAAAGCGUGUCGGUUGGAUGUGGAGGAGAGGACCCCAUUGCUCACGCCGGAGGAGGUUGUGGACAGGAUAUUUCAGUUAGUGGAUGAGAAUGGGGAUGGACAGUUGUCUCUUGACGAGUUCAUUGAUGGGGCCAGGAAAGACAAGUGGGUGAUGAAGAUGUUGCAAAUGGAUGUAAACCCUGGGGGAUGGAUCUCUGAGCAGAGGAGAAAGAGUGCGUUGUUCUGAGAGAAUUCAGUUCUGAUACAGCUGAAAAUGUGAUGCUGACUAUGACUGUGGUGCUCUCACUCCAGGCUGGUAGCGGCUUUCCUUUUUAAUACAUUCUCAGCAUCCAGAUGAAAACAUCGGUGGCUUAAGAAGCUGUAUCUCAAUCUAAACCCCAUGUGCUCCGUGCUGCUGGUACCCAGAGACUAUUUUUGGCCCAUGAAUAAGUCUUUCUGUGUACACAAUGCCAUGUUUGCCAGCCCUGGUUUUCGGUUACACCUCAAGGAACAAACUUUUCGUGGCUUCCUGCAGUGGAUCCUGGGCAGGGCUUUAUCCUGAUGACAGACAGGGUUGGGAAGUGAGAAGUCCUGACGCAGUGGUACUGUCUCCAGUGCAGACCGGUGAUUGCCUCAUUCAUGCCUGCAGAGAUACAAACACAUCGAACCAAAACUGACAACCAAGGAGGUGCUCUGGCAGGCAUUAUGCAUUCAGGAUGUCUGUUAUGCAUAGUAAUAUUGAUGCAUAUUUAGAUUAUACUACUAAUAUAAAAUGAUUGAAUGCCAACAUAUCACUAUCAAAAGUGAGACUUGGAUUAUAAGGGGUAGCUGAGACAGUACACAGAGUCAAGGGAAAUAUAACAUGCGGGCCGGACAGGUGGGGUGGUAACUCCUUGCACCUCCCUCCGGUGGACCAGCCACUGCUCCUUGUACCUCUCCAGGGACCUGGGCUUCUGUGGGGCUGGAAAAGUGCUAUUUCCAAACCCUGAACGCAAUAGAAAUGGUACCUCUUUACAGCCACAUUUAGAGGGCAGAUCUGCACGAGUGUGGUGCUGUUCCUUUUGAGCCGAUGUUUCUUACCGAGACAUCAUUCGAACAGCUUCACCUGCCCUGUGAAGACUCAGCAAGCUCAGGGAGCUCCAGGGCUUUCUCUGCGCUGGGAGAAGUUCUGUGUGGAAGGAGAGAGGAGGGAAGAGCAGAGUUUUGCUGGGCAGGGUGUCUGCAAUGAGAGGAUCGGCACAGCUUUAUUGGCAGGACCACAGAAUGGAACAAGUGACAGAAAAAGCCAAGUGAGUUACUGGAGUAGUACAGUGGUUUUACACUGGACUUAAUUAGCCACAGACUGCAGAUCAAAUUUGCACAGGUUUUAGGCUGAGCACUGCUCUUCUUAUGGCUGACCCAUAUACCUGUAUAUGUACGUGUAUGUGGAAAGGGAAUUUGAGUUGAACCAGUAGUUUGGUUCACCUUCAUUUGAUUUAUUGGAUUAUUUGCAAGAAAAAAAUUCCCCUGGAAAAUAAUAUGAUUUUUUGGUCUGUUUUAUUUAAACUUUCCUAUGGAAUCAGCAGGCCAAGUCACAUCCAUGGAAAGACUUGCAAUCCCUUUCUUUUGUGGCCUUUAUGACUGUAGUACCUGUCGUUAGCUGAUUAGAUUACUGGUGUGCAGUCUUGUCAUCUUAACCAGUGUUGAAAUUCAGGAACAUGAGGAAGUAGUCAGGAUACGACACAAUCAGUGCUAGAGUUCAAAUCCAUGUACAUUUCCACUUCUAAAUAGCCUUUCUAAGAGUUCUCUGUAAACACACACCAGCUUGUGGCAUGCUUACUUACCAGAGCAGAUUAGACUUCUAGUUUAUGCUGCUGCAAGGCAGCGGUUUAAAGCUCCCUCAAGCCAAUAGUUUAUCAGUCCGAGACCUGAAAGAAAAAUCUUACUUCUGACUUGAGGGUCUGGAAGAAAUGUUUUGCUUUACUGAUUUUUCCAACUUGUGGACAAAUGUUUUCAUGAUAGGAUACAAAUCUCUCAUUCCUUAAAUUUCAGCAACUCAACCAACAAAACACGCUUUACUUCUGCUCCUUGCACAAUUUAAGUGCAUGUUUAUUUACUCUAGUUGUGCACUGUGGGUUUACCUAAAUGCUUUACAUUUUCUUGUUCUGCUCACCUGGUGAGAUUGGGCAGGGAAGGA